CGGAGGCGCUGAGGGAGGCGCAGGCGGAGCCGGGCGGGCGCGCGAGCGAGCCAGUGGGCAGCCGGGCCGGCGGGAGAGCGGCGGCGGCGGCGGCACCGGCACCCCAGGCCGAGCCGGCGCGGGAGGAGUUCCAGGGCGAUGGGGCCGCGGCCGGGGCUGACGCUUUGACAGCUGGAAAGAGCGCGGAGCCAGCGCCUGGGGGGGAGGGAGGGGAGCGCGGCGAGGAGAGCGCGAGCGAGCGAGCGAGCGAACGCCGGGGAGGGGGCCGGGAGCGAGGGGGCAGCUCGGGAGCAGCCGGAGCGGUAGCGGCGGCGGCGGCGAGGCUCGGCGCCCUCUUCUCUGCAAACCAUGUUUGCCAAAGGCAAAGGCUCGGCGGUGCCCUCGGACGGGCAGGCUCGGGAAAAGUUAGCUUUAUACGUCUACGAAUAUUUACUGCACGUAGGAGCACAGAAAUCUGCACAGACCUUCUUGUCGGAGAUUCGAUGGGAAAAAAACAUCACGUUGGGAGAACCGCCUGGGUUUUUGCACUCGUGGUGGUGCGUAUUUUGGGACCUUUACUGUGCAGCUCCUGAAAGGCGAGACACUUGUGAACAUUCAAGUGAAGCAAAAGCCUUUCAUGAUUACAGCGCAGCCGCCGCCCCGAGCCCGGUGCUUGGCAACAUUCCCCCCAACGAUGGGAUGCCGGGAGGCCCCAUCCCGCCAGGUUUCUUUCAGCCUUUUAUGUCACCGCGAUACGCAGGCGGCCCCCGGCCUCCGAUCAGAAUGGGAAACCAGCCUCCGGGAGGAGUUCCUGGGACACAGCCACUGCUGCCCAAUUCCAUGGAUCCCACGCGACAACAAGGGCACCCCAACAUGGGAGGAUCAAUGCAGAGAAUGAACCCUCCCCGAGGCAUGGGGCCUAUGGGGCCCGGCCCACAGACUGACGCUUGGUUAUCGUUGCAGAAUUACGGCAGCGGCAUGAGACCACCACCCAACUCCCUUGGCCCCGCCAUGCCCGGGAUUAACAUGGGCCCGGGAGCUGGCAGACCCUGGCCCAAUCCUAACAGUGCUAACUCAAUUCCAUAUUCCUCCUCAUCACCCGGCACCUACGUGGGACCCCCUGGUGGUGGCGGCCCCCCAGGAACACCCAUCAUGCCUAGUCCUGCAGAUUCAACAAAUUCCAGUGACAACAUCUACACAAUGAUUAACCCGGUGCCGCCUGGAGGCAGCCGGUCCAACUGUGCAGCUGAUUCUAUUGCAUCUUCGAGAAAAUCAGGGAGCUUCCUUCAUCAUAUCACAUGGUUCAUCACACCGUGGCAACAGAAGUCUCCCCAGCUUUUAGGUACUUUGACUUGAAAACUGGAGCUUCAAAUCAUAAUCUUGAUUUCUACAAAGAAGAUGUUAAUGAAACUGCAGAAAACAAAUAAAAGAUUGUUAUUCUCCUUGUCCAAAUGCAAACCAGACUUCGCUUGUUUAUCUGCAUAUUUGGCAGACAGUGCAGUUAAUUUGGCAAGUUUCAUUUAGUCUAUAAACUUCUUACCUGCUAAAUGCCCCACACACCUGGUCCCCGACACUGCUGUCAAGGGGGGAGAUUUGCUUACCUUUGAUAAUCCAGCUUUCAUAAUGAAACGUUUAAUUGUCAAUUUGCUCAAAACGUGCAGAAGCACUCAGUGAGGUUUUUGAGUUUACAGAAAUGGAGAGAGCCUUGGACACACGCCCACAGAUGGCUGUUGCUGGCCACAGAGAAGAUGUUAAAAUGUCAGCCUGCUGUGAUGCUCUUCUCUGAUUUGGAAAUACGAUGAGAUGAGAAUGCAGAAAGGAAUGACAGUAAAAUAGAAAUGUAGUUGCUGCUUCUCCAGAACCGUUUGAUGAUCUUUAAAGAGGCCAUGAGGAACCUAGAUGAGGCUGAGUGGCCGGCACUUGAGCUGUUCAGAUUCGUAGGGGGUUGUGAUAGAGCCUCGUACAGCCAAAGUAAUGGCUUACCUUUGGCAGUGAGGCUGCUUGAGGACUCAGAGUGUCACCGGUAAGGGCAGCCAAGUUAGAACUUUCCCAGUUUCUUUAUUAAAACUGUAACUUAUUUAGAAUCCAACUUAGAUCUCACAAGUUCAGAUUACCUUUGUGCUUUAAAACCAGUUUCCCUAAGAGAGGUUUAAUCGAUAAUGAUAUCCAGUGUGCUCAGAAUGUUUAGAAAUGAUGGCCAUCGUAGGCAGGCAUAGCCCAUCUGAUGAGCUCCUAGAUGAAAAGGGCCUGACUGACAAGCAGCUGAUCUUCCAAAACCCGCUUGUAGAUACUAAGUGGUUGGACAUCUUUGGAGAGCUGGAAGCGAUUCCUACAGAUCCAAAAACCUGAGCACGUAAGCAAAAUCCUAAGCACUCCAUGUGUAGACGUGGUUUUUUUGUUUUGUUUUUUUGGCUGCUUUGGGUCUUUGCUGCUGUGCGCGGGCUUUCUCUAGUUGGAGCAAGCGGGGGCUACUCUUCGUUGUGGUGCGCGGGCUUCUCCUUGCGGUGGCUCCUCUUGUUGCGCAGCAUGGGCUCUAGGCGCACGGGCUUCAGUAGUUGUGGCUCGCGGGCUCUAGAGCGCAGGCUUGGUAGUUGUGGCGCACGGGCUUAGUUGCUCCGCGGCAUGUGGGAUCUUCCCGGGCGAGGGAUUGAACCCGUGUCCCCUGCACUGGCAGGCGGAUUCGUAACCACUGUGCCACCCAGGAAGUCCGUGCAGACGUGUUUGUGGAGAGGAUAGUCUAGUGUUACCACGUUGGACUGACACCAGGGCUUGAUAAGAGCAGAGCGGCACGUCGGUACAUUUUCCAUUUGACUCUGUAUUCAGUUUUGCCACUACACGAAAGGAAAGAAGGAUGCCCAAGAACCUGCAGGCAAUUCAGGGAAGUAUUAGUGGAAAAGCAAGCACCAUUUGCCCUGUUGGACCCCUGAAAGCAAGACGGGUCCCCAGCAGCUCUAAUGGACACCACCCCCGCCACAAAAAAAAAACGGCCAGGCUCUUGCUUUGGCCAUGUCUUCUCACACUGGCAUGGUCUGGUCCUGAAGCGUGGCCUCAGGAGGUGCCACGAGUGUUCCCAUCAGUACACAGAGGAUAUAGGACUGAAUGAACUUCCUUGAAUGGAUUAUCCAAGACAUCUACCCAAUGAAAGAAACAAUGCUAGCUUUUUGUACGUAAAACUUUUUUUUAAAUCUUUAAAAAAAGCAGAGCAAAAAUAUCCUAUUGUGAUACAGGACAGAAAAAAGUGGCAGUUUUUAGAAACUAAAUAUAGGUAGUAUCUGUUUAAUCGGUCCUGUUGUAUUUAGGUUCUCUUUAGAAAAACUCUUAACGUGUGUGUUCAAUAAAUACACAGUAAUACAGCCUACAACAUUUAAAUAUCCAGUAAAGAGUUAAAAUAAUUUGCUGUGUCAGAACACAGAAAUAUUAUAAAAGUGUUGUGUUUUUUCCACACGUCAUUUGUUUAACUAGUCCUACUGUUGCCCCUGUUAACUAGUUCAGCUGUUCUUUAAUUAAUAGCAUUUAAGUAACAGAAAAGUAAAUAAUACAGAAUAAAGAAGUGGCGCUGGGACAACUGGAUAUCCACGUGCAGACAAAUGAAGUUAGACUGCAUCCUUACAACAUACACAAAAAUUAACUCGGUGUAGACCCUAGGCCUAAAUGUCAGAGCUAAAACUAUCAAACACUUAGAAGAAAAUGUAGGAGUAAAUCUUUGUGACCUGGGUUAGCAAAGCCUUCUUACCUACAACACCAGAAACACAAGGGACAAAAGAAAAAAAGUAGCUGCACUAGACUUCAUUAAAAUUUAAAACUCAAGGGGCUUCCCUGGUGGCGCAGUGGUUGAGAGUCCGCCUGCCGAUGCAGGGGACACAGGUUCAUGCCCCGGUCCGGGAAGAUCCCACAUGCUGCGGAGCGGCUGGGCCCGUGAGCCAUGGCCGCUGAGCCUGCGCGUCUGGAGCCUGUGCUCCGCAACGGGAGAGGCCACAACAGUGAGAGGCCCGCGUACCGCAAAAAAAAAAAAAAAAAUUUAAAACUCGUGCUUCAAAGGACACUGUCAAGAAGGUAAAAAGACAGCCCAUAGAAAAUAUUUGCAAGUCAUAUGUCUGGUAAGGGGCUUGAAUCCAGAAUAUGUAAAGAACUCUUAAAACUCAAUAAUAAAAAAACAAACCAACUUAAAAAUGGCCCAAGGGGACUUCCCUGGUGGUUAAGGGGACUUCCCUUCCAGUGGUUAAGAAUCCAACUUGCAAUGCAGGGGAUGCCAGUUUGAUCCCUGGUUGAGGGACUAAGGUCCCACAUGCCACGAGGCAACUAAGCCCACACACCACAACUACAGAGCCCGCAUGCCGCGACUACAGAGCCCACGCACUCUGGACCCUGCGCCCCACAACUAGAGAGAAACCCACGUGCCACAACUAGAGAAAAGCCUGCGUACCACAACGAGAGAGAAGCCCACGCGCCAUGACGGAAGAUCCACAUGCCGGAACUAAGACCCGACGCAGCCAAAAAAUAAACUUAAAAGCAAAUGGGCCAAGGAUCUGAAUGGACAUUUCUCCAAAGAUGUACAAAUAGCCAAUAAGCACAUGAAAAGAUGCUCAGCGUCAGUUAUUAGGGAAAAGCAAAUGAAAACUACAGUGAGCUAUCACUUCACACCCACUAGGAUGGCUAGAAUCAGAAAGACAUAGUGAGCGGUGUUGGCAAGGAUGGGAAGAAAUUGGAACCCUCACACAUAGCUGGAGGGAACGUGGAACGUGAAGUGGUGCAGAUGCUGUGGAAAACAGUCUGGCAGUUCUUCGAAAGGUUAAACAGUUACCCUGUGACCCUGCAAUUCCACUCAUAGGUAUCUACCCCAGAGAAAUGAAAGCAUGUCCACACAAUAAUUGUACACAGAUGUUCACAGGAACACUAGUCAUAAUAGCCAAAAAGUGGAAACAACCUAACUGCCCAUUGACUGAUGAAUGGGUAAUUAAAUGUGGUAUAUACAUACAAUGGAAUGUUACCUGGCCGUAAGAAGGAAUGAAGUACAUGAUACAUGCAACAACAUGGAUGAACCUUGAAGGCAUUUUGCUAAGUGAAAAAAGCCAGCCACAAAGGUCACAUAUAAUUCUGUUUGUAUGAAGUGUCUAGAAUAGCUAAAUCUGUAGAGACAGAAUAAAUUAAUGGUUGAGUGGGCCUGGGGAUUCAAGGGGGGCGGGGAUGGGGAGUGACUGCUAAUGGAUGCAGGUCAUGAAAACGUCCUAAAAUUGAUGGUGGUGGUGGUUGCACAACUCUAUAUAUAAAUACACUAACAACCACUGAAUUGCAUACGUUAAAUGGGUCACUUGUAUGGUAUGUGAAUUAUAUCUCAAGCUGUUAAAAAGAACAACAAAAAUACACAUGUUAUUUAAGAUACCUGUUUUUUAAAUAUAUGUAUGUUACAGUAAUGACACAUGUGCAUAAUUGUUUAUUGUCACAUUUCGGUUCUUUUGCUCUGGUGUGACUGUGUCUGGGUUUGACUCCUUAAAAAGUUGGUCACCCUCAUCCUCCUAUCACUUGGGUUCAUAAGCAUGAAAUUGGUUGCCAGAUGGCAAAAUGUGCCCCAAAGCCUGCCAGUGGCCCUGGGAGGCCACUGGGGAGGCAAGGAUCCUGCACCCACGGGGUGUGUGAGUGGGAGGCGGAGUGAGGAAGCGGCUGGUGCCCCAGCCCCUCCCCUGCAGUCUCGUCACAUCAGUUCCUGCUCCAGCCACUCCGUGCUGGCACCUGCUAGGAGGCCUCUUACUUGUGCUCAGGCAGGACCCCUGCUGAGAACAAGGCCAUGGUCCAUCUCUGCCUGCCCAGAUUCUAUCCCUCAAUUAUUUUGACGCUCUGCCGCCGCCUCCAUGCAGCCUGUUCUGAUUUCUCUGCCCUUUUCUCAGUGCCUCUUUCUGAAGUUGCAGCCGUGCUUUGUCUGCAGCUCUCUUUGGAUCUCAGCAUCCUGUGGGGAAGUUGGGUGUCCGUGGCUGUGCUCCUCCUUCAGACUGAGGCCCAGGUGUGACUCAGCUCUGUGUCCUUAGUGCCUGGCACAGGCCUCCAUUCUGCCACUUCAUCCCCUGUCCACCCUGGCAUCCAGUCUGUAUCCCUGGGCCUUGGCUCUCCAGACUGGGCUCAGCCAUCCCUUGGUGGCCAUGUGAUGUGACCUCUGGCCUUUGGUUGCUGUUUUGCUGAGAUCGGGGGGUUAGUUCCAGACAGAUUUGAGAAGGCGGGUAGAGCAGAUUACACGUCUGGUGUCUGGUCUGUCUGCGCCGUCAGUUCUGCUCAUUAGUGAGCUCCCCCACACAGUCUCAGCAAGAGAGGUCCUGCCACCCACGCCCCAGCUCCCCACACAUUUCUGAGGAAGAGCCUGGAGGAGGCUAGUGUGAUGGUUCCAGGGCCAGGCUGCCCACGGUCCAGCCACAGCUUCUCCAUCUCUCCUACCUGGGAGAUCGUGGGCAAAGCAUGGUCCACUCUGCGCUUCAGUCUCCUCAUCUGUAAAAUGGGGAGGAAAAGCACAAAUGUUUUUGUUUCCUGGCCUGGCAGUUGGUCACUCCGUCUGGGUGAGGUUCACUGGCGAGCCCCGCACGCUGCCCGGGGGAUGGAAAGAGCCCGGGAUGGGAUCCAGCAGGCCUGGUUUGAGAGCUGUCUCUGGGUGGCCUUGGACCAGUCCCUCUCUCUCUCUGGGUUGGUUUCCUCCCGUGGUGCAUAGGAGUGAGCGCCUCUGCCUUGCACAAUUCCUAGGGCCGAGGGGAGGCACCAGCUCCGGCCUCCUGGUGUUAAAUGCCUGAGUGUGUGAGAGUGGCCCCGCCAGAAUGGAAGCUCCCUGGGGAUGCAGCUGGGCAUGGGAGCCCUGCGAGGGUUGCGGCCGAGCCGAGGGCCCGCUCAGCUGCCACGCUCUGUGCUUC